UUUCCCCAUUGUGGGAUAAAUAAAUGAUUAUCUUAUCUUAAACAUUCUCACCUUGUGGGAUAAAUAAAGUUAAUUUUGAAUCUUGAAUAACCAUGAUCGAGGGCUAAUAAGUUGUACGGAACCUUAGUCAUAUAACUUCAUAUAACUUGGCAAGAAAAAGGUUUUGACCAUCAUGCGCCAUGUUGCCUGUAAGACAGCUUCAAGGGUUUUUUACAACCCAUGAGAAGCUCCUCGUCAUGCGCAUGCGCUCUGUGGAACGAUGAGCCGUUUUGGAUUCUAUUUCAUUUUUAUCUUUUUGUUGAUUAAAUGUCCGAGUUUGAUCCUGUUCCUGUGUUUCGCGAUAUAUGUUUACGUUCAUUACAGAACAAGAUAAUAGACAUGGAAAUAAGAGGGAGAAGAAAAGACGCAGAUUGAUAUGUUGUUUUCCUCUGUGAUAAGACGUUCACUGGUUUACGAGCACGUCAUGAAAUGUGUCGUCCUUGUCACCGCGGCUCUGAGUGACGUCAGUCUGAAGUGAUGGACUGUGUUGUUCCCGUCUCGGAGGUCAAACACGCACUGAGUGCAUCACGAGAGAGGGUUAAAAAACUCACACGAACUGAGAAUGACUGGAAACGGAGCAUUCACCAAAACAGCAGCAAUCCUGCCAGUGUGUUCAGCUGUAUCGGCUGUUUGUACAAAUGGGGGCCUUAGUGUCACAUUGGCUGUACGGCAGGGCAGACGACAGCCUUCCCUUCUCUUCAUCAGAUUUUCUUCAUCUGGCUUUACCGACCUCCUCUCGCCUUGCUGUCACUCUGAACUCCUCUCCCGUCCCUCACGGAGACACUCGCUCACACUGGAGCUCAGUGCACCGCUCUCCCCAUUUCCUUAUGUCUGACUGCAAACAGGAAGUUACACGCUCACCUAUUGAGCAGAGCAGUGAUGGGAUAAGGGCAGAGAUGGGGGUGAAUAGUGGGCUUCAUGUAUGGGAGGUGCAGUGGAGCCCCAGCCUCAGGGGGAGUCAUGCUGUCAUUGGUAUUACCACGCAGAAAUGUCCUCUGCAGGCCUCAGGGUAUAACGUGCUGAUUGGUGGAGACUCACAGUCCUGGGGCUGGGAACUCAAAACCAAUCAGCUCUGGCAUGCUGGUCAGAGCUUUGGACUUUACCCAGGAAAGAGGAAAGGGGGUCCCCCUGAAGCUGCAGAGGAUUUUAGCCCACUUUCUUCCAAUUUAAGACUAUUAAAGGCAGCAGAGACACCUCUUCACAUCCCUGAGUGCAUCCUGCUUGUCUUGGAUGCAGAUGCAGGGACUCUUGGAUUCAUUGUAGACGGCAGCUUCCUUGGUGUUGCUUUUACAGAUCUCCCUCGAGGAGGGGAGAUGUUCCCAGCAGUAAACAGUGUUAGAGGAGGAGCCAUCAUACGACUACAAUACCUGAACGGUGCCACACGUGAUCCUCCUGCUCUGAUGGCUCUAUGUGGACUGUCCAUUCGUCAGUCUUUAGGGAAAGAGAGACAGAAUCAAACAGCAAAGCUGCCACUACCGCCUCGUCUCCAGCAGUACUUGAUUUCAAGUCAUUAGUUUGUGCUUGCACACACACAAAAAUAGGAACGUUUAGUUAAUGAUCACACAGCCUACCAAGAACCUGUAACAUAUUUUCUGUUAUAUGAAUUAUUAUGUAAAAUGCAGUGUGACUGUGACCAAGUGUUUUUGUUAUCCAUCUUAUUUAUUGCGAUGUGACUUAUUGACUUAUUGAUAUAUAUAUAGGCAAGUUGGCUGAUAAUAUUUAGAAACUAGUCUGUAGACUGUAUCUGUCAAAGUGAGCUGUGCAAGUAAUGGGGGGGAUUUGGGGCGGUAUUGUCAGAAUAAGGCAAUAUACAUUGACUGUUUCAUCCUCUUUGUAAAAUAUAAAAGUCUUGGAUUUAUAUUGGACGUUUCUUUAUUGCUUUUAUCUCAUGUUUCAUCAUCUCACAAAGCUCAGGAGAAAAGAGAAAAGGGGCAUUUCUUUUGUGUUGUUAUAGGUGGCAUGGAGUCUUUCUUUAUUGAACAAAUAAAUCAGUCAGUAGUGUUGAGGAGUGUUGGUAUUUGUUGUAAUUCAGGAAUCAUAAGAUCCAGCCCAUAGACUGUAAAUAUUACGAUCCAGCCCCAUCUGUGUACUGAUGGCUU